CCCCUACCUCUGUUCGAGCCAGGGGAGCUCACCUUCUGGUCCUUCUACAAGGUUGGAAUCGCCGAGUUCAUCGCCACUUUCCUCUUCCUCUACAUCAGUGUCCUCAUCGUCAUGGACGUCGUCAAGAGCCCUUCCAAAUGCUCCACCGUAGGCAUCCAGGGGAUCGAUUGGGCCUUCAAAGGGAUGAUCUUUGCCCUCAUUUACUGCUCCGCCGGAAUCUCAGGUGGCCACAUUAACCCGGCGGUGACGUUCGGGCUUUUUCUGGCGAGGAAGUUGUCGCUGCUUCUUGGCGGCGGUGCUACUGCUAACUCCGUCGCUGGUGGGUACACCAAAGGGAGACGGCCUCGGUGCUGA